AUGACAUCGAUGCCCGAUAUUACAGUUGAUUAUUUAUUAGAUGAACGAGAUGAAUUAGAAAAAGAACGAUUACAAGAAGUUGUAAUUAAAUCUUUUCCGAAGAUCAAGUUAGAAGAUGAACUAUUUAAAGAAUUUGUUUCAUUUAACGAACAAAUCAAAUCGAAACUAGAAAAAUCUUUACCCAUGACGGAUAGUAGUGAUAUAAAUAGUGUUGAAUCAUCAGAUUCCGACUGA